CCCGGGGCUUCGGCCUCCUGCCCGGCCAGCGGGCCAUGGCGCUCCGAGCAGCGCAUCGUGAGCAGCCGGCGCGCCCCAAGCUGCCCGUCCGUUUCCCGGACAGUCACCUCAGAGGCCAGGCACCCGCCCUGAGUUUCUGGGCCUUGGCAGGUGCCCUGCUCCCACCCCUUCCCAGCCGGAACCCUGGAGACAGCAGCCUCAGGGCUGCUGAGCGGCAGUGACAGCAUGAAGGCUCCGGGUCGGCUCCUGCUCAUCGCCUUGUGCUCCGUGGGCUUCUCCGCUCUCUAUGUGCUGCUGUGCUGCUGGGCCUGCCUGCCCUUUUGCCUGGCCUCCUGCCCAGACCCUCACCUCUCUGCCAACUCCAGGCCCACCGUGCCAGGGCCCCUGCACUUCAGUGGAUAUAGCAGCGUGCCAGAUGGGAAGCCGCUGGUCCGAGAACCGUGCCGCAGCUGUGCCGUGGUGUCCAGCUCCGGCCAGAUGCUGGGCUCCGGCCUGGGCGCCGAGAUCGACGGUGCUGACUGCGUGCUGCGCAUGAACCAGGCGCCGACUGUGGGCUUCGAGGCGGACGUGGGCCGGCGCAGCACCCUCCGCGUCAUCUCGCACACGAGCGUGCCACUGCUGCUGCGCAACUACUCGCACUAUUUCCAGCGGGCGCGGGACACAAUCUACGUGGUGUGGGGCCAGGGCAGGCACAUGGACCGGACGCUGGGCGGCCGCACCUACCGCACGCUGCUGCAGCUCACCCAGAUGUACCCCGGCCUGCAGGUGUACACCUUCACCGAGCGCAUGAUGGCCUACUGCGACCAGGUCUUCCAGGACGAGACCGGCAAGAACCGGAGGCAGUCGGGCUCCUUCCUCAGCACGGGCUGGUUCACCAUGAUCCUGGCGCUGGAGCUGUGCGAGGAGAUCGUGGUCUAUGGGAUGGUCAGCGACAGCUACUGCAGGGAGGAGAGCCACCCCUCAGUGCCUUACCACUACUUCGAGAAGGGCCGGCUGGAUGAGUGUCAGAUGUACCUGGCACACGAGCGGGCGCCCCGCAGCGCCCACCGCUUCAUCACUGAGAAGGCUGUGUUUUCCCGCUGGGCCAAGAAGAGACCCAUCGUGUUCGCCCACCCGUCCUGGAGGACCCAGUAACCCACUGCCCAGCUGGCCGACCACCAGCCUUGCCUUCACCCAGCCUCUGUUCCAGCCACGUCCCAUCAAGUCCACUUAAUUUGUGGAUCCUGCACAGGCCCGUGGACCUAGGGUCCCUUCCCGCCCUGCCCCGGGACACUCGCCGCCACCUUGGGGCUCCAGACUUCAGGGGGAGAGAAGGGUGUCAUGGUGACCUUUGCACCCUUUUCUCCACCCCACGUUCCUUGAGUCAUCUGAAUCUUACUUUUGGGGUUCACCCCCCUCCACAUCUGUCCAGUGGCCUUUACCCCGGGGCUGAUGGCUCCACACUCACCAGCACCAUGACCUUCAACCUUGCUGCAGUCUUGGUUCUUUCUCGCUACACUUCCCCUCUACCCGCCUUUGGUGCCACACUUCCCGGGCUGGCUGCCUACUCAGGGCAGCCCAGAGCUUGGGGUUCCUUGGGAGAGGGGCCUUUGAACUAUGACUGCCAGGGCCGCAUCUGGAGUGUACGGGUAAACGUGUGUCUUCUGGAUGCCUGUGUCCAGUGUGGUUGUGUCUCUGCAGUGGGAUGGCGGCUCCUCUCCCUGCCAGACUCAUAAGCUGUGGACUCCUAGGCCAAGUCCUCAGCAGCCCCCACCCCACCCCCCAACGCCUGCAGCCAGCUCAGCUUCUGGCCAUUUUAUCUGCCUGUGCCUUCUUCCCCAGGAGCUGAAACCCUUCCCCACCUAUCUGGAAGCUUCUUUAAAGGUCUGGUGUUAUGGCUGAACUUGAGCCAGGAAUCUGGUUCCUACUUAGAAGCUACUUGGGACGAUUCCUCUGUACCCAGUGGGAGGGGCCUAGAAGGAAACAGCUAGGGGUGGGAAGGAAAUUCCUCCACCCCAUGUCACCUCCCUGGCCCACGGGUCACAUUCCAAGACUUUUCCAGUCAAGUGUUCUGUCAACUCUGGAGUUGGUCACAUUCAAGAAUGUCAAGUGGGGGCAGGCCUGCGGCUUGCAUUCUCUGGGUUCCAGUUUCCCGACCUGUAAAGUGCGGCAGCAAGGGCCUGUCGCCCCGGAAGGGGUUAGUGUUGACCCAUUUUGCAGAUGAGGUGAAUGAAGCCACUGGCUGUUGCUGAUGCAAUCUUAGGUCUGAGGGCCGAGCCUGAGCAUCUGGGCCUGCACCAAGGGACCGGACCCUCCCAGUCUGCCCUCUCUCCCACCUUCCCUUCACCUGGAGAUCAGGAGACUAAUGGAGAGUCAGGUCCUCUGGCCCUCAGCUAGGAUGGAGCCUGUGGAUUCAACUUUCGGCUCCGGGGGUCGGGGCCCCACACUUAGCUUAAUGCUCUGCUCUCCCUGACUUGAAAUCCUUAAUGGUUUGUUUGUUUUUUUUUUAAGAUUUAUUUAUUUAUUCAUACAAGCCCUGGGUACAGUCAGAAGCGCGGGAGGGUGAGAGAAUUCACCAGAGCCAGAGCGGGGAGCAGCGGGCGGCAGGAGAGGUCUGCGCGCCAUGUGGGCCCCUUCGCAACCCGGGAGGCCCCUUAAUGGUUUUUUUAACCUGGGGCCCCACAUUUUCACUUUGCUGUGGACCUCGUACAUUGUGUAGUGGGUCGUCAUUGGGAGUCUGGGUGACCCAGCGUGCCCACUCUCCAGCCCCAGCCUUCUUAGAAGGGACUGGAUGGAGCCUGGCAUCUGCCAUUCACGCUGCCUUUUGUGCCCAGUUUCCACCCGCUCAGCCCCCGACCCAGAAGGCUCUGCAAGUGAGGGAGGAGGGAGGGCUCUGGAUGGGGGA